CUUGGCAUUGAUAAUUAGUAAAUAUUAUAAUUAAAGAUUGCUUCAUCCAAGGAUUACAGUUGUGAUGUAGAACACGUGGAAUUGCUGAUAUUAAACAAUUUCCUAGCUGGUUUAAUGACCAGUGACAUGUAUCAGCUGUUCUUGAUGAGGGGCAAAGGUUGAUUGAGCAGAAAAAUCCAGAGAAAAACAAGAUACUCCAGAAAAUUGACAAAACGAAGCAACAGUGGGAGGACUUGAAAGAAUUGGCGCACGCUCGACAAAACGCAUUGGCAGGUGCCAAACAGAUGUACAUGUUUGAUAGGACAGCUGAUGAGACCAUUACCUGGAUACAGGAGAAGGAAGUGGCUCUCAGCUCGGACGACUGAGGUGCAAAGAAUAACUAAAAAGCGGAAACGUUAAGAGAGUAGGCAGUUAUUAGACAAUUCUCAUCAUGCGCAACAUGACGAACUUAAGGGCUCAGUCGAAUGAGUCUGAAUAUAUAUUAGUGUACAAGGAUUAACAAAUGCGUUGAUGUUAAUACAUUUGAAAGCGAUGGAGCUAAGGAACUCAACGCCCAAUUUUUGAUACUAUUAUGCUCUAGAAGCAAGUUUUGAAAUAGUUACUGAGAAAGGUCCUUAUGAGUCAUAUGAAGGCUGUCCAAUCAAUAAAGGUGUACGUUUUCAAGAUUGGACAUAAUGAAACGAGCAAUUAGGAAUGCAAAGCAGCCAACGCGUUUUGCAGAUAUGGUCCCAUUUGCAACCUCCUCAUCUGAAAACGAGUCACCUAGACGAAAACGUUUAUUAAACGAUUCAGUAUCUAUUAAGGAUGAUAUUCAACAACUCAAAUCAGCAAUGGCUAGUCAUUUUCAGAAAGGACCGAAACGAGAUAAACACGUUCGAACAUAUUCUAAGAAAGAAUCAAAACAAGAUAAACACGUUCGAACAUCUUCAGAAAAUGAACCAAAACAAGAUGAACACGUCGGAAAACUCAUGUUGCCAAAACACUCCUUGUCACAACCUUUGUUAAAAAAUAUUUCCUCUCAUUCUAAACCUUUAAGCACGUCAUUUUUACAAAGAAAUCCUCUGACUCCACGUUCUCCAUCUGAUCGUACUGUUCAUGUAGAUUUUCGUAGCAACCGCUCUCUGACUGCACAUUUAUCAUCAAACCGUACUGCCCGCAUAGAUUCACCAUCAGAUUGCACAACCUAUAUAGAUUCUCAUAGGAACCGUUCUAUAACUCCACAAUCAUUAUCGAACUAUACUGUCCAUGUUGAAUCUGAUAACUCUCCGACUCUAUAUUCAUCAUCAAAUCACACUAUUCAUGAAUCUCACGAGAACCGUUCUCUAACUCCACAUUUAUCUGACCGUACUAUUGAUGUCGGUUCCAAUUAUAACUGCUCUCUGACUCCACAUUCACCAUCAAAUCGUACUGUUCAUGUAUCUCAAAUUGAUCGUUCCCCAACUUCUUCAUUUGGUCAACUUCAGCAUACUGAAACACGUCAAAGUACUUCCUACUCUGGCAAGCGUUCACAAACAAAACAAAGGGAUUCGGAUUCUUAUAAUUUCACAUCUGUUUGUUGUGAUACAUCGUCUCUUCAAGAUCAAGAAUUAUUUCCAAAAGAUUUACAAACUCGACGUAUCUACAAUACUAAUGAUGUCUCUCUAUUCCAAAUUCAAUCAAAGAAAUCAAACGAUGUUGCAAAUCCGAGACAAUGUGCAAAAAAUUGUGCGGGAAUUACAUGAUUUACCCAAAAAGAUAACUGAUCAACUCGGGUCAACAAUUCGGGACGAAGUCCGAAGGGCAAUUAAGGCUGCUCUUAUUCAAAAUGCCAAGGUUCCUUGCAAACCAACAUGUCUUCCUUUCAAAUCUCCAGAAGACUUAAUGAAUUUCGACAGACUAU